UCCCAAUUCCCCAAACCCCAUUAAAAAGGAAUCUUUGGAGAAAUCGAAACUAUCCGGACAGGGAGUCCAGACCACUGUCCAGCAUCCGGACCACAGCCACCCCAUCUCUCACCAUGAACCGCAGUUCCCAGCCCUUCUUCCCCGGCGCCCACGCUGCUGUGCCCCCAAGCUAUGAGGUGCUCAAGGAGGAGCAUGAGGUGGCUGUACUCGGGACGCCCCAGAGCCCAGCUCCGGUGACGACCACCGUGAUCAAUAUCCGCAGUGAGACAUCCGUGCCGGACCACAUCGUCUGGUCCCUGUUCAACACAAUCUUCAUGAACUGGUGCUGCCUGGGCUUCGUGGCCUUUGCCUACUCCGUGAAGUCUAGGGACCGGAAGAUGGUGGGUGAUGUCACUGGGGCCCAGACCUAUGCCUCCACCGCCAAGUGCCUAAACAUCUGGGCCCUGGUCUUGGGCCUCCUUCUGACCAUUGCAUUCAUCAUUCUUUGCGCCACUGGCUCACUGAUGGUUUUCCAAGCAAUUUCAGAGAUGGUAAAAGGUUAUGGAGGGUACUAGUUGCUGCCCAGGGCCUGAGACUGUCACUUCUGUCGCAGCAUUUGGUGUACACGGCAGUCUACAACUGAAUUCAAUAAAGCACGUGUGUGGAAA